GUUUUCAAAAGUCAGGAAGCCUUGUCCAAAGAGCUGACAAUUAUUUAUGGGGUCAUCAUGUGGAGGGCAUGCCUGAUGCGGGUAUUCCAGGCAGUUGUGUAUUGGGGCUGCCGGUGAGUCACACUCAGUGUCAUUCCCUAUACACUGCGGGGGUUUCGGUGUGACUCUCCCCCUCCCCCAUCACCUGGACAAUCGGACGCGGGGUGAGAGCGGGGAAGGGUCUGGGGGGAGGGGGCUGCUGCAUAUGGGUAGAGGAGAGGAGAGCCGGGCAGACUUCCUCCGGAGAUGCGGGACCUGGGACGGUGAUAAUAUCCGCAGGUGUGAGUCAGGCUUCUGUGUCCCCUGUUGCGGUGCUUAUUUGCCCAGUAUGACUGUCACAUACACGGCUCAUGUGGCAAAUGCCCGUUUUGGAGGGUUCUAUAAGCUGCUGUUGCUUUGGAGAGGGAGCAUCUACAAACUGUUGUACAAGGAGUUCCUGGUAUUCUUCAUCAUGUACCUGGCCCUCAGUAUUACAUACAGGUUCUUUCUUACCGAGGAUCAGAGAAGCUGCUUUGAGAAAGUGUCACUGUACUGUAACAACUACGCUAAUCUCAUUCCUGUGUCCUUCGUGCUUGGUUUCUACGUAACCCUGGUGGUGAACCGGUGGUGGAACCAGUACCUCUGCAUGCCCUUUCCUGACAGGGUCAUGUGUGCCAUCAAUGCCACUGUGCACGGAUCGGAUGAGCGGGGGAGGAUGUACCGGCGGACACUCAUGCGCUAUUGCAGCCUCUCAGGGCUGCUCAUCCUGAGGUCUGUCAGCACCGCAGCCUUCAAGAGGUUUCCAACUAUAGAUCACGUGGUGGAGGCUGGGUUCAUGACUCGCCAUGAGAGGAAGAAGUUUGAGAAUCUCCACUCCUCCUAUAAUAAGUACUGGGUUCCCUGUGUCUGGUUCUGCAGUCUGGCAGCUCAGGCCCGGAAAGAAGGGCGAGUGCAUGAUGACCCCGCAUAUAAAAUGCUCAUAGAGGAACUGAAUACGUUCCGGGGGAACUGCGGCAUGCUCUUCCACUAUGAUUGGAUCAGCAUCCCACUGGUCUACACUCAGGUGGUGACCAUCGCAGUCUACAGCUAUUUUCUCACCUGUCUGAUUGGACGGCAGUUCCUAGACCCAUCCAAGGGGUAUAUAGGCCAGGACCUGGACCUCUACGUCCCCGUAUUCACUCUGCUGCAGUUCUUCUUCUAUGUCGGCUGGCUCAAGGUGGCAGAGCAGCUGAUCAAUCCCUUUGGCGAGGAUGACGAUGAUUUUGAAACCAAUUUCUUGAUUGACCGGAAUUUCCAGGUGUCCAUGAUGGCUGUGGACGAGAUGUAUGGGGAUGUCCCUCUCUUGGUCAAGGAUCGAUACUGGAAUGAUUCAGACCCCCGUCCUCCCUACACUGCCGCCACUUUAUUCCAGAAACGUCAACCUUCCUUCCAGGGAUCCACAUUUGACAUGGGGCUCGCUAAGGAAGACAUGCAGUUCCAGCCCCUCUCCGACAUUGAGGAGAUGAAUGAAGAAUCGAUCACCCAUCCAUUUCCUCUGCUGAGCCGCCUGCUUCCAGGCGUGGGGGCCUCUCCACACUCCUCAUCCGCAGCUCUGGCCUCCCCAUUUGCUGCCCCUGGGAGCUGUGUGAUGCUGCUGAGACGAUCUACCAGCUCUGCCUCAGAGACUUCUGACAUUCUGGAGCGGGAGAGUUCUCAGGACCCGACGUGCACAGAGACUCUACCGCAUCCAGAGACCAGACCAAAUGACGUUCCAGUUCAAACUAUAUUCAACGUCGAGACGGACAGUCCCUUUAACUCCCCAACUGAGCCCACAACACCCGUGUUGGAUACUACCCUUGCCUCUCAAGAAAAUGAAUCCAGUGCUUCAUGUGAGACCUCUCCAAAUAUAACCUGAAUGGACAAAGACUCGCCUUACGUGGUCGCUAGGGGCAGAUCUCUGUAGGUACAGGAACGCACCGCAGCCGUUGUGUUACUCGUGUAAAACCUCUGUCGCACAAGACUUUUCUCUCUGCGCAAUGUGACAUUCGCCAACCCUCACACCGUGCCAAAGCCGCUUCUAGGCCUACAUUACCUGGUUAUAGUAUUAGGUAUUUUUGCACUGUUUAUGCUCAUUGAACAUUUCAAGCUAGUCUUCAGUUCAGGCUAGAAUUUUUUUAUUUUUACAUUUUCUUAUAAUUAAAGCUAUUUUUCUACUGUUGUGUAAAA